AUGGACUGGUCGAUCCUAGAAGAUUGGCCGAGCGUGCCUUUCGACGCAUACUAUACCUCCUGCGAAAAUGAGAAAAACGUGCAGCCGGUGCUCGCGCAGGACGUACCGACGCAGGCGCAACCCUAUCUAGCGGAUCAAGCAUUCACCCUUAUGCCAUGCCCACCUCCAAAUCCGGUGCAGCCGCUACAACCUCCCGCUGAGACCGGCAAAUGGGAAAAUCCACGGGAGCUCCGGAAUAAAGCGGAGAAGCAGCGACGCGAUAAAAUGAAUCGAUCUAUAGCGCAGUUGGCUGCAAUCGUCCCACCAGUUGUAGCUUCCGGACGUAAGGUGGACAAGACGAGCGUGUUGAAACUGUCAGCACAUUACUUACGAGCGCAUCAAUACGUGUUUGGUGACACAAUCAACUCAGAGCAACAGUUCAAAGGGAACUCUGUUCGAGCACUCCUAGGACAUCUGAAGGGGUUCAUCCUUACCACUACAUACAAAGGCUUGGUGGUGGUUGUCUCACAAAAUGUUCAACAGUAUCUCGGAUAUUCUGAGCUCGACUUAAUCGGUCAGAGUAUAUUCAACUUUACUCAUGAAGAGGAUCAUCCAAUGCUGAGGGAACAACUCAUGCCGAAGAGCUGCCUUUUAGGACCAAAUGGCGAACUUCUUUCUGAUUCUCCUGAGGCAAAUCAAAAAGUUGCUAUUACACUCGCAAAAGAAAAGAGAAAAUUUGUUAUUAGGUUUAAAAAAAUUGGACAACGUUCAGAGCCAAGACAAUAUGUGACGUGUCAUGUCGAGGGUACGAUGAGAAAAUCGGACAAGGCCUGCCACAACCGAUGCUGUCAGAUGGUGCGACGCGUUAGGGCGAGAAGCGACAAUCCUUGCUCUAGUGGAAAUGAUGUGGUUUUUGUAGGAUUAGUACGCCCUACGAGCGAGGCAUUUAUCAGCGAAAAAACCCUUGAAUCUUUCCGAAUGGAGUACCGCACCAGGCACACCAUUGAUGGCAAAAUCGUCGAUUGUGAGUCACGUAUGUCUCUCGUGACUGGCUAUAUGCCACACGAAGUGAAUGGGGUCAACGCAAUGAAUUUUAUGCAUCGAGAUGAUGUUCGAUGUGUUAUAACAGCGCUGCAGGAAAUGUAUAAUCACAAUCGACUUGAAGGAGAAUCUUUCUACCGCUUAUUCACAAAGAGUGGAAACUUCAUAUACAUGCAGACCAAAGGAUUUCUAGAAGUCGACGAACACUCACGUGCUGUUACAAGCUUCGUUUGCACUAACACAGUUGUUGAUGAGCAAACAGGGAAACAUCUAAUUAAGUUGAUGAAAAAAAGAUACUUGUUUAUGGUUAACAAUAAUGAAGAACCCAUAGCUGAUGAUAAUGCUGACGCAAGAGAGAUCAACGAUAAUGCUCUUCCAGUCAAAGACCCGAGGCAAUUAGAGAAGGAUAUUUUACAUCUGGUGACAAAUUUGCCAUCUCCACAGCCUAAAUCACCUCAAACAACUUUUCCAGAUCACGAAGAUAGUUCUCCGUUUCAUCUCUCUAUAAUUCCACCACAUAAAGAAAGAAUCGUCAACGCUAUAGAAAAAAUAUAUAGUGUUAUUAAAAUAUUUAAUAGGAAACCAAUAUCUAAAAUGCAACCUUACAAAGCUAUGAAAGAUAAUGAACAGAAUAAUGAUGAAGAUAUUAGAAAAAUAUCUAAUGAGACGGGGCCAACGACUUUCACAACAUCACUAACAUCGGUUAGCGUCACUGAUCUUGUAGAUUCUCAUUCGGUCUCAAGAUUGAGAUUUUCGGAUAACACAUCAUUACAACGACCUAAACGAUUAGGUUUGCCUAACCGUAUUUUUGAAAGUAAUACUUUAACACCUAGCAUUGAUAUUGAUCCAGUUCUAUCUACUGGCUUUUCACAAAGCUGCAGCACGUUUUUACAAAGACCGUCUGGAUUUUGUUCUUCGGUUGAUCCUAUUUUAUUAGAACGUUUAUAUUCGACACAAAGUGAUCAUGACCCUAAUAGAUAUGACAGUGAUUUAUGUGCUUUCGACCAUUAUAUCAGAGCUAGAAGUCCCACUCCUUUUACGAAUUCAGUGAUACCUGAAAAAACUUACACAACUUCAGUUUCUACCAUUUCAUCAUCUUCAGGCAUGACACUCAACUCAGAAAAUAUUGUAAACCCCUCUAUAACUACGUAUUCUAACGCUUUAAGAUUGUCACCAUUAUCUGACAGACAUCGUAUUAUUCGACCUUCUCCUGUUUCAAGGAAACUAUUAGGAAUAUCACAACAAAAUCCUCAAUUAAUGGGUGUAAAUAACGACCCCUGUACUGGUGAAACAUGUCUCUUGGAUAACGAAAGUCCAUUAGUAAAUUACUUUUCUACUAUAAGUUGUCCCUCAACAUCUGGUCCAUCGGCAAUAACAGAUCCUUCUUCAACAUUUGUAGCAGAGAUUAUUCACCCCAAUUAUGAAAUGAUAAUUCCAACUGAUACUUCAACAUUUAUAGAUAGAACAUAUCAGGACGUGCAUUCACUUUAUGACACUGUGGUUCACGCUAACCGUCAGCUCAUGGAGAAUUUUAAAAAUGAUAACAAUAAUCAAUCAUUACUUGAAACUAUUACAAGUAAUCAAAUUGACUAUUUGGAGGAAAAUCCAAUGAUUGUUACGCCCACAAGUACAAGCUGUGGAAAAGAAUUUGUUCCUUUGGAAGCGAAGCGACUAACAGGUGAAAUAGUAGGUUAUACAAAAAGUAGUGUGGAACCAUCGAUUUCCUUGGCGCCCAUUAGUUCUGACAUUUCAGAACUAAAGAUAAUUUCUUGUGGUACAAAACGUCCAAACGAUUCCGAAGAUAUUGAUGAGAUCCCCAAAAAAAGACUGCUUUAG